AUGCAUUCAUCAACUCGAGUUGCGAUUUGCGGAGCGGGUCCUUCUGGUCUUAGUCAAUUACAUGCGUUUGAAUCUGCUCGACAAUGUGGUUCACAAAUUCCUGAAAUAGUGUGUUUUGAAAAACAAAGUGAUCUGGGUGGUCAAUGGAAUUAUACGGGGCGGAUAGGAUUAGACGAAUAUUCUGAACCUGUCCAUAGUAGUAUGUAUGAAAACUUAUGGACAAUUCUACCGAAGGAAUGUUCGGAAUUUGUUGAUUAUUCGUUCGAUAAACAUUUUGGUCAGCCAUUGACAUCCUAUCCACCUCGAACUGUUAUUUUGGAUUACAUUCGAGGGUACGCGGAACAAAACAAUGUGCGUCAGUAUAUUCAGUUUUAUACAGUUGUUCGAUGGAUUUCUUAUUCUCAUGACAAGAAACGAUUUAAUGUUAUAGUCAAAGAUUUGAGAAAAGACGAAACGCGAUCUGAAGAAUUUGAUUUUGUUGUUGUGGCUACUGGACAUUUCUCAAAACCCAACAUACCAUAUUUUAAUGGAAUCGAAACAUUUAUCGGCCAAAUAUUUCAUUCUCACAAUUAUCGUUCUGCUCAUGAUUUUGUCGACAAACACGUACUGCUUAUUGGCAAUGGAUUUUCAGCAGAGGACAUUAGUUUACAGUUAUACAAGUACGGAGCAAAAUCUGUUACACUCUCAUAUCGAACUAAACCAAAAAAUUUCAAAUGGCCUAAUGAAAUCCAAGAAGUACCACUACUGGUUAAGAUUGAUAGAGAAACUGUGUAUUUUAACGAUGGCUCGUCUCAAGUAGUACAUGUAAUUAUUUUUUGUACUGGAUAUUUACACUAUUUUCCAUUUCUCGAUAAUAACCUUCGUCUAAACUCAACGAAUUGUCUAUAUCCACCCGAUUUAUACAAGGGUAUAUUUUGGUUGAAUCAGCCUCGUUUACUCUAUUUGAGUAUGCAGGUUCUAACAUUUAGUCUUAAUAUUGGCAAUAUUCAAGCAUGGUAUGCUCGGGAUGUUAUUCUUGGAAAAAUUAUCUUGCCUUCAACUAAAGACGAAAUGCAGUUUGACAUGGAACAAUGGCAUGUAAAAGAAAAAGUAAUUCAGAAUUUAUCCGAUUCUAUCGAUUUCCAAAGAGAAUAUCUUCUUGAUUUGAUCAAUGCAACGGAUUAUCCACGUUUCGAUAUUAAUCGAAUGGCUAAAAUAUUGCUCGAAUGUGUAAAAUCAAAAUUCGACAAUAUACUCACCUAUAGAGAAAAAACAUACGCUUCAACAGUAACAGAUACAAUGGCAAAACAACAUCACACAUCAUGGUUGAGCGAAAUGGAUGAUAGACUUGAAAAUUUUAUCAGAAAAUAA